CCCGUGAAAGCUGUAAUAUUUUGUGUAAAGUUAUGCACGAUUCGGUAAUAUGCCGAUCGCUAUAUCCACUUACAAUCCGAUCUUCAUCGAAAAUGAAAGUAGUUUGGAGAUGCUGUAUGAUCUGCUAAAUGAUGAUUUAUUUGUUUAUCUCAAAUCAAAAUGUAUAACUUACUAUAACUUAAAUCAAUAAGCUACUAAUUUGCUUAUUGUUAAAUAUUGAAUAGAUUUUUCAGAGAAUGUGAAAUUCAAUAAUGAAGUUUAGCAUUUGCAAAAUGUGUUAAAAUCUUCUUUAUUACUAAAUUCAAUGACCACCAUGGUUUUAAAUUAUGUGUUAAUCGGAGUGUGUUCACUCUUAUUUGCGAUUGGAAAAUCGGAUUUGACAGAUACUAUAACCCAUGAUGGGUUUUGCGGUUUAUACAAUGGGCAAAUAUGUAAGAAUCAUUUACGUGGAAACGCUGUGUGGUAUAAUUUUUCACAUGAAGGUGGAUUGUUAAAUGAACAAAUCACAGCAGGAUUAUGGGAUGAAAUGAUUGUAGGACUACCAGAACCCUGUCGAAGUGCAGCUGAGAAACUUUUAUGCACAUAUGCCUUUCCUGAAUGUCAGUACAAUGCUGAUAUACCUAUUGGUCUUCCAAUUUGUUACGAAGAUUGUAUAGCAGUGAAAAUGCAGUUCUGUUAUAAUGAAUGGGCUAUGAUAGAAGACAAAAAGUCUAGAGGAAUAUUUUUUAAAUCUAGGGGCCAUUUCUUAUUACCUGACUGUGAAACUUUGCCAAAAUUUGAUGUAAGAAGUGAAAAGCCUACUUGUUCAACAGCAAGUCUCACAAUAAUGAAUUUUGAAGAAGUUACAUAUGACUGUCGUCAUGGUACAGGCCGUUUUUAUCAAGGAGUGGUAAAUACAACAUAUUCAGGUAUACCAUGCCAACAUUGGAGCUCACAAAAGCCUCAUUCUCAUGUAAGGCCCCCAGAUGUUUUUCCUGAAGUUCAAAAUGCUGAAAAUUAUUGUCGCAAUGCUGGAGGUGAAGAACCAUCACCAUGGUGUUACACAAUGGAUGAAAAUGUUAGAUGGGAAAGAUGUGAUAUACCAUUGUGCGCUAAUUUCUCGGAAGGAAAUUUGCCAACUAACAUAGUGAUGGAAGAAGUUUUCACUCCAAUAUUUAUUCUUACUCUAGCAGGUGUUGGGUUUGCGGUCAUUGUUUUAAUUCAACUCAUUAUUCUGUUUGCUUAUCGAGUUUAUAAUCAUAAGCAACAAGUUGUACUUGGUUAUGAUAGAGCAGCAACUCAAGAUCAUAAUAUUGAUUUAGACAAGCUUCCUAGCAAUCAAGCAUAUCAUAGAACUGGUGCACAAUUAAAUCCGAAACUAGAGAAGCUAGAGUUUCCGAGAAAUAACAUCUUAUAUAUUAGGGAUUUAGGGCAAGGUGCAUUUGGCAGAGUUUUUCAAGCUAAAGCUCCCGGUUUAGUCAGUGAAGAAGAAUUUACACUUGUUGCUGUUAAAAUGUUGAAAGAUGAGGCCUCAGAAGAUUUGCAAGUUGAUUUUGAGAGAGAAGCAUGUUUACUUGCUGAGUUUGAUCAUCCAAACAUUGUAAAAUUACUAGGUGUUUGUGCAGUAGGACGUCCUAUGUGUUUAUUGUUUGAAUUUAUGGGCAGAGGUGAUUUAAAUGAAUUUUUAAGAUCAUGUAAUCCUUCAGCUCAUCUCAUUGGGUCUUCUGCUAUAAAGCUACAUGAAGGAGUGAAUUUAGGGUACUUAGAGUUAUUAAACGUAGCACAGCAAGUUGCUGCCGGUAUGGUUUAUUUAUCUGAUAGAAAAUUUGUACAUCGUGAUCUUGCAACCCGUAAUUGUUUGAUUGAUGAUAAUAUGGUGGUUAAAAUUGCUGAUUUUGGUCUAUCCCAGAAAAUAUAUUUACAAGAUUAUUACAAAGGUGACGAACAUGAUGCAAUUCCUGUGCGAUGGAUGCCUUUAGAAAGUAUAUUAUAUAAUAAAUACACUUUAGAAUCAGAUGUUUGGGCCUACGGUGUAUGUCUUUGGGAAAUAUUUUCAUUUGCUUUGCAGCCAUACUAUGGAAUGACACAUGAAGAAGUAGUUAAAUUUAUAAAAGAAGGCAAUAUGCUAAGUUGUCCAGAGAAUACACCUCCGGAAGUGUAUGAUAUAAUGAAAAUGUGCUGGCAAAGGAAACCACAGUCACGACCUAAAUUUAGAACUAUAUAUCAAACACUGGACAACAUUCAGAGAAGCAACAAUGCUCAAGUUGUACAAUGAAAUUACUCCUUUCAUAUUACCUAUUAAUUAUUCAGAUAUCUGUUACCAUAAUGGUAUUUUAUCUUAUGUGUAUUUACAUAUGAUU